GCUGAGCUUGGAGGAGCUCUAAGGGAGGCAAGAAGGGAAGCUGGCUGGACAGACCUCCAUCCCUGGGCAAAGCAGGGAGAUGAUGGGAUUACCAAGCGGCUGAGCAGUCCCUCCAGGGGGAAGGCAAGAGUCCCUUGGGCAGGCAAGCAGGGCCUCCAAGCCAGAGAUGUCCGACAAGAUGUCAAGCUUCUUGCACAUUGGAGACAUUUGUUCUUUGUACGCAGAGGGUUCAACAAAUGGAUUUAUCAGCACUUUGGGACUUGUGGAUGAUCGGUGUGUUGUCCAGCCAGAAACAGGAGAUCUUAACAAUCCACCCAAAAAAUUCAGAGAUUGCCUUUUUAAAUUAUGCCCCAUGAAUCGCUAUUCUGCACAGAAACAGUUCUGGAAAGCUGCAAAACCAGGAGCCAACAGCACAACCGACGCUGUGUUGCUGAAUAAACUACAUCAUGCUGCAGAUUUGGAGAAGAAGCAGAACGAGACGGAAAACAAGAAGCUGCUUGGUACAGUUAUCCAAUAUGGCAAUGUGAUACAGCUCUUGCACUUAAAAAGCAACAAGUACUUGACAGUAAAUAAGAGACUUCCAGCUUUGCUCGAGAAGAAUGCUAUGAGGGUGACUCUGGACGAGGCUGGCAAUGAGGGCUCCUGGUUUUAUAUACAGCCAUUCUACAAAUUACGUUCCAUAGGAGACAGUGUCGUGAUAGGUGACAAAGUUGUUUUGAAUCCUGUUAAUGCUGGCCAGCCUUUGCAUGCCAGUAGUCAUCAACUAGUUGAUAAUCCUGGGUGCAAUGAGGUGAACUCAGUGAACUGCAAUACAAGCUGGAAAAUAGUCCUCUUCAUGAAAUGGAGUGAUAAUAAGGACGAUAUUUUGAAAGGGGGUGAUGUGGUCAGGUUGUUCCAUGCAGAGCAGGAAAAGUUUUUAACUUGUGAUGAGCACAGAAAGAAGCAGCAUGUAUUUCUGAGAACCACUGGGAGACAGUCAGCUACAUCUGCAACUAGCUCAAAAGCCCUGUGGGAAGUUGAGGUGGUACAACAUGACCCUUGUCGGGGUGGUGCAGGGUAUUGGAAUAGCCUUUUCCGGUUCAAACAUCUUGCUACUGGACAUUACUUAGCAGCAGAGGUAAAUCCUGACUAUGUGGAAGAUUACCAGGAAUGUCAGUCCUCACUGGAUCCUGACCAAGAUACAGCCAGAAGGGGACUACAUAACACUCCAGAGAAGAUGGCUUACUCUUUAGUCUCUGUGCCUGAAGGAAAUGAUAUUUCCUCCAUCUUUGAACUUGAUCCCACUACUUUGCGAGGGGGAGAUAGCCUUGUCCCAAGGAACUCAUAUGUCAGACUUAGACACCUAUGUACAAAUACCUGGGUUCACAGCACCAACAUACCCAUUGAUAAAGAAGAAGAAAAACCUGUGAUGCUUAAAAUUGGCACCUCUCCUGUGAAAGAGGACAAAGAAGCUUUUGCUAUAGUACCAGUUUCUCCUGCAGAAGUGCGAGACUUGGAUUUUGCGAAUGAUGCAAGCAAAGUAUUAGGUUCCAUUGCUGGCAAACUGGAAAAGGGAACAAUAACCCAGAAUGAAAGGAGGUCUGUUACAAAAUUGCUGGAAGAUUUGGUAUAUUUUGUUACUGGUGGUACAAAUUCUGGUCAAGAUGUGCUUGAAGUUAUGUUCUCAAAGCCAAACAGAGAACGACAAAAGUUAAUGAGGGAGCAAAAUAUCCUGAAGCAGAUCUUCAAGUUAUUACAAGCACCGUUUACUGACUGUGGAGAUGGACCAAUGUUGAGACUAGAAGAACUUGGAGACCAACGUCAUGCUCCUUUUAGGCACAUCUGCCGCCUCUGUUAUAGAGUAUUAAGACACUCCCAGCAAGAUUACAGGAAGAACCAGGAAUACAUAGCUAAGCAGUUUGGGUUUAUGCAGAAACAAAUUGGCUAUGAUGUAUUAGCAGAAGACACCAUAACAGCAUUGCUUCACAACAAUCGUAAACUGUUAGAGAAACACAUCACAGCUGCUGAGAUUGAUACCUUUGUUAGCCUUGUAAGGAAAAACAGAGAGCCCAGGUUUUUGGAUUACCUCUCAGAUCUUUGUGUUUCCAUGAACAAAUCAAUCCCAGUGACCCAAGAGCUGAUUUGUAAAGCUGUUUUAAACCCAUCAAAUGCAGACAUACUGAUUGAAACUAAACUGGUCCUGUCUCGGUUUGAAUUUGAAGAAUUAUCAUCUGGAGAGAACUCAUUGGAGGUUGGUGAGGAUGAGGAAGAAGUCUGGCUGUUCUGGAGAGACAGCAACAAAGAGAUCCGCAGUAAGAGUAUCAGAGAGCUGGCUCAGGAUGCCAAAGAAGGGCAGAAGGAAGACCGGGAUGUACUCAGCUACUACAGGUACCAGCUGAAUCUUUUUGCUAGGAUGUGUCUCGAUCGGCAGUAUUUGGCUAUAAAUGAAAUAUCUGGCCAGCUGGAUGUAGACCUCAUCCUUCGUUGCAUGUCUGAUGAGAAUUUGCCUUAUGACUUGAGAGCUUCCUUCUGUCGGCUUAUGUUGCACAUGCAUGUUGACCGUGAUCCUCAAGAGCAAGUGACACCAGUGAAAUAUGCACGAUUGUGGUCUGAGAUACCUUCUGAAAUUGCAAUCGAUGACUAUGAUAGCAGUGGAACUUCCAAAGAUGAAAUCAAGGAGAGAUUUGCACAAACAAUGGAUUUUGUGGAGGAAUAUUUAAGAGAUGUUGUCUGCCAAAGAUUCCCUUUUUCUGAUAAAGAAAAAAAUAAACUCACAUUUGAGGUGGUAAACUUGGCACGAAACCUGAUAUAUUUUGGAUUCUAUAAUUUUUGUGACCUUCUAAGGUUAACAAAAAUACUCCUAGCUAUCUUGGACUGUGUUCAUGUUGCAACCAUCUUCCCUAUCACCAAGGUAGCAAAAGGAGAAGAAAGUAAAGGGAGCAAUGUGAUGAGGUCUAUCCAUGGAGUUGGAGAGCUGAUGACCCAAGUAGUCCUCAGGGGUGGUGGGUUCUUGCCAAUGACGCCACUUGCAGCUGCUCCAGAAGGUAAUGUGAAGCAGGUUGAACCUGAGAAAGAGGAUAUCCUGGUAAUGGACACCAAGCUGAAAAUCAUUGAAAUACUUCAGUUUAUUUUGAAUGUGAGGUUGGAUUACAGAAUCUCAUGCCUCCUGUGUAUAUUUAAACGAGAGUUUGACGAAAGCAAUGCACAGACACCUGAUUCACCCACAGGAAGUAAUAACCAAGACCUACCAAAUGUACCAGGAGCACUUGACUUUGAACACAUUGAAGAACAAGCAGAAGGGAUAUUUGGAGGCAGUGAAGAGAAUACUCCAUUAGAUUUGGAUGAUCAUGGUGGGAGAACUUUCCUUAGAGUGUUGCUCCAUUUAACAAUGCAUGACUAUCCUCCAUUGGUAUCCGGGGCACUUCAGCUCCUCUUCAGACACUUUAGUCAGAGGCAAGAAGUCCUUCAGGCCUUUAAACAGGUUCAACUACUUGUUACCAGCCAAGAUGUUGACAAUUACAAGCAGAUAAAACAAGAUUUGGAUCAGCUGAGAUCAAUUGUGGAAAAAUCAGAGCUUUGGGUGUACAAAGGCCAGGGACCUGAUGAAGCGAUGGAUGUAACAACAGGAGAGAAUGAGCACAAGAAAAAGGAGGAAGGUCACAGCAAAUCCCGGAAACCUGAAAGCACUAGUAGCUAUAAUUACAGGGUGGUAAAAGAGAUUCUGCUUCGACUUAGCAAGCUUUGCGUCCAAGAAAGUGUCUUGGUCAGGAAAAGUCGGAAACAGCAGCAGAGGUUGCUACGAAACAUGGGAGCUCACACGGUCGUUUUGGAGCUCUUACAAAUCCCAUAUGAGAAAGCUGAAGACACAAGGAUGCAGGAGAUCAUGAAACUUGCGCAUGAGUUCCUACAGAACUUCUGUGCUGGCAACCAGCAGAAUCAAGCUUUGUUACAUAAGCAUAUAAAUCUAUUUCUGAAUCCUGGGAUCCUCGAAGCAGUGACAAUGCAACAUAUCUUCAUGAAUAAUUUUCAGCUUUGCAGUGAAAUUAACGAGCGAGUGGUUCAGCACUUUGUACACUGUAUCGAAACACAUGGAAGGAAUGUCCAGUACAUUAAGUUCCUUCAGACCAUUGUUAAGGCCGAAGGAAAAUUCAUUAAAAAGUGUCAGGACAUGGUCAUGGCUGAGUUGGUCAAUGCAGGGGAAGACGUCCUUGUUUUCUACAAUGACAGAGCCUCUUUCCAGACACUAGUGCAGAUGAUGAGAUCUGAGCGUGACAGGAUGGAUGAAAACAGUGCUCUGAUGUAUCAUAUCCAUUUAGUGGAGCUGCUGGCAGUUUGUACUGAAGGGAAGAAUGUCUAUACGGAAAUCAAGUGCAACUCUUUACUCCCUUUGGAUGACAUUGUUCGAGUUGUAACUCAUGAAGAUUGCAUACCUGAGGUUAAAAUUGCCUAUAUAAACUUUCUAAAUCAUUGCUACGUAGACACAGAAGUUGAAAUGAAAGAGAUUUAUACAAGCAAUCACAUGUGGAAACUUUUUGAGAACUUCCUUGUUGAUAUCUGUAGAACUUGCAACAAUACCAGUGACAGAAAACAUGCAGAUUCUAUCCUGGAGAAGUACGUGACUGAAAUAGUUAUGAGUAUAGUUACCACUUUCUUCAGUUCUCCAUUUUCAGAUCAGAGCACAACUUUGCAGACUCGCCAGCCUGUGUUUGUGCAACUCUUGCAAGGUGUCUUCAGGGUGUACCACUGCAAUUGGCUCAUGCCUAGCCAGAAAGCAUCAGUGGAAAGCUGCAUUCGAGUACUUUCAGAUGUAGCAAAAAGCAGAGCAAUUGCUAUUCCAGUUGAUCUGGACAGCCAAGUCAACAACCUCUUCCUGAAAUCACAUAACAUAGUACAAAAAACAGCCAUGAACUGGAGGAUGACAGUAAGGAACGCUGCUAGAAGAGAUUCUGUGAUGGCUGCUUCAAGGGAUUAUCGCAACAUUAUUGAGAGACUUCAGGAUAUAGUAUCAGCUUUGGAAGAUCGCUUACGUCCACUUGUCCAGGCUGAGCUGUCUGUGUUGGUGGAUGUCCUUCAUAGGCCAGAGCUUCUCUUUCCAGAGAAUACGGAUGCAAGAAGAAAAUGUGAAAGUGGAGGCUUCAUUUGCAAGUUAAUAAAACAUACUAAACAGCUGCUGGAAGAGAAUGAGGAGAAACUUUGCAUUAAAGUGUUACAGACGCUCAGGGAAAUGAUGACCAAAGACAGAGGCUAUGGAGAGAAGAUGGUUGCACUUGGUGAAUUGGAUAAUGCAGAGCUGCCACAGUCACCAGAAAUGGAAAGCUCUAUGGAGGAGCUUGAUCAAAGUCUACCAGAGAGGCAGCUUGAAGAUCGCAAAAGGGGUGAGGCACUGAGACAGGUUUUGGUCAACCGUUAUUAUGGCAAUGUCAGAGGUGCAGGAAGAAGAGAGAGCCUUACCAGCUUUGGCAAUGGCCCCUUAUCUCCUGGAGGCCCCAGCAAAGCCGGCGGAGGAGGAGGUGGGUCUGGCUCCAGCACAGCAAAUCGUGGUGAAAUGAGUUUGGCAGAAGUCCAGUGUCACCUGGAUAAGGAAGGAGCAUCCAAUCUGGUGAUAGAUCUCAUCAUGAAUGCUACCAGUGACAGGGUUUUUCAUGAAAGCAUCCUGUUGGCUAUUGCUCUCCUGGAAGGUGGUAAUACUAUUAUACAGCACUCGUUUUUUUGCCGACUAACAGAAGAUAGGAAGUCAGAAAAAUUCUUCAAAGUCUUUUAUGAUCGCAUGAAAGUGGCCCAGCAAGAAAUCAAGGCUACUGUCACAGUUAACACCAGUGAUCUGGGAAAUAAAAAGAAAGAUGAUGACUCAGACAGGGAUGUACCUGCUAGAAAAAGAGCACUGCGGGAACCCAUGGUCCAAAUAACUGAGGAAGUGAGAGACCAGUUGGUUGAGGCCUCUGCUGCAACUAGGAAGGCAUAUAACACUUACAGGAGAGAAGCUGAUCCUGAUGAGCAUUAUUCAGCAGGAGAUGGAGCACAGUCUGCAGCAGACAAAAAUAAAGAUGAACUGGAGAUGAGUCCUGUUAUCACAAUAAUGCAACCCAUUCUGCGUUUCUUGCAGCUGCUUUGUGAAAAUCAUAAUCGGGACCUGCAGAACUUCCUGCGUUGCCAAAACAACAAGACCAAUUACAACUUAGUAUGUGAGACACUGCAGUUUUUGGACUGUAUUUGUGGCAGUACAACUGGAGGACUUGGUCUUCUUGGGCUAUAUAUUAAUGAGAAAAAUGUAGCACUGAUUAACCAGACACUGGAAAGUUUGACAGAAUAUUGCCAGGGACCAUGCCAUGAAAACCAGAACUGCAUUGCCACUCAUGAGUCCAAUGGUAUUGAUAUAAUUACAGCAUUAAUUCUCAAUGACAUCAAUCCUCUGGGGAAAAAGAGGAUGGAUCUUGUAUUAGAACUGAAGAACAAUGCCUCUAAGUUGCUCUUGGCUAUAAUGGAAAGUAGGCAUGACAGUGAGAAUGCAGAAAGGAUCCUUUAUAACAUGAGGCCCAAAGAACUGGUGGAAGUGAUUAAGAAAGCUUAUCUGCAAGGUGAGGUUGAGUAUGAAGAUGGAGAAAAUGGUGAAGAUCUUGCUGCAUCUCCUAGAAAUGUGGGGCAUAAUAUUUAUAUAUUGGCGCAUCAGCUUGCUCGCCAUAACAAAGAAUUGCAGAACAUGUUGAAGCCUGGAGGUCAGAUAGAUGGAGAUGAAGCUUUGGAAUUUUAUGCCAAGCACACAGCUCAGAUUGAGAUUGUUAGGUCAGAUCGUACUAUGGAGCAAAUUGUCUUCCCUGUGCCAAGUAUAUGUGAAUUCCUUACUAAGGAAUCUAAACUACGGGUCUAUUACACCACAGAGAGGGAUGAACAAGGCAGUAAGAUCAAUGACUUUUUCUUGCGAUCAGAAGACCUUUUCAAUGAAAUGAACUGGCAAAAGAAACUAAGAGCUCAGCAUAUAUUGUACUGGUGUUCUCGCAACAUGUCCUUUUGGAGCAGUAUAUCAUUUAAUCUUGCAGUCCUUAUGAAUCUACUGGUAGCAUUUUUCUAUCCAUUUAAAGGAAUCAAAGGAGGUACCCUGGAGCCUCACUUGUCAGGUUUACUCUGGACAGCUAUGCUGAUAUCGCUUGCUAUAGUUAUCGCCUUACCUAAACCCCAUGGCAUUAGAGCUUUAAUAGCUUCCACAAUAUUGCGAUUAAUAUUUUCAGUAGGUUUACAGCCAACGUUAUUUCUUCUGGGGGCAUUCAAUGUUUGUAACAAAAUAAUCUUUCUAAUGAGUUUUGUUGGUAAUUGUGGAACUUUCACCCGAGGAUACAAAGCCAUGAUCAUGGAUGUGGAGUUUCUUUAUCAUCUGCUAUACCUUCUUAUUUGUGCAAUGGGGCUGUUUGUUCAUGAAUUUUUCUAUAGUUUGCUGCUUUUUGACUUGGUGUACAGAGAGGAGACCUUGCUGAAUGUCAUUAAAAGUGUUACCCGCAAUGGACGUUCCAUCAUCCUGACUGCUGUUCUUGCUCUUAUCUUGGUUUACCUGUUCUCGAUAGUGGGCUACUUGUUCUUCAAGAAUGACUUCAUCUUGGAAGUAGAUAAACUACCUAAUGAAACUUUAUUACCAGAUCAGCACAGUGAAGCUGGUGAACCAAUGACCAGAGAGUUCCUAUAUUCCAAUGUAUGCAGAAUAGGGAAUGGAGAAAACUGUUCUUCUGUUGUUCCUUCCUCAGAACUGUUUUCUGAAGACGCUGAGGAAGAGGAUAAGGAACAUACGUGUGAGACGUUGCUGAUGUGCAUCGUUACUGUUCUUAGUCAUGGCCUGCGGAGUGGUGGUGGUGUAGGAGAUGUGCUCAGAAAACCAUCCAAGGAGGAACCUCUUUUUGCUGCAAGAGUGAUCUAUGACCUCCUCUUCUUCUUCAUGGUGAUCAUUAUUGUCCUCAAUCUCAUUUUUGGUGUCAUUAUUGAUACUUUUGCUGAUCUGAGGAGUGAAAAGCAGAAGAAAGAAGAAAUUUUAAAAACAACAUGCUUUAUUUGUGGUUUGGAAAGAGACAAGUUUGAUAACAAGACAGUCACUUUUGAAGAGCAUAUUAAAGAGGAACACAAUAUGUGGCACUAUUUGUUCUUCAUUGUCUUGGUCAAAGUAAAAGAUUCUACAGAAUAUACAGGACCUGAAAGCUAUGUGGCGGAAAUGAUAAAGGAGAGAAAUUUGGAUUGGUUUCCUCGGAUGCGUGCCAUGUCACUUGUGAGCAGUGAUUCUGAAGGGGAACAGAAUGAACUUAGAAACCUGCAAGAGAAGCUUGAAUCUACAAUGAAGCUGGUAUCCAACCUUUCUAGUCAACUGUCUGAACUUAAAGAUCAGAUGACAGAACAGAGGAAGCAAAAACAGCGUAUUGGGCUCCUAGGACAUCCUCCUUCUAUCAAUGUGAACCCACAGCAACCAGCAUAAACCGGAGGGUGUGACUUGUCUCCUCAACUUGCCCCCACUCAGCAACACUUCGUAACAAGAAUUGAAAUUGACUUAAAGAAGUAAAUCUCCUAAAGCUGCUUCUGUGUAUUCCUAGCUCCUGUAAAUAACCCUGUUUUUAUACUAUGUGUAUAGGACUGCUGUGAGAAGAUAUGGGCUUAUAUAUAUUGGCACAUUAAUGAAAGGGAGGACCCUAUUGGCCCCCCUGCAAAUGCCUUUUUAUAGGAAGAAGUGAAGGGCACACCAAACUUGCACUUGAAAAAUGAUUAUUGACUAAAAUAGUAUGUGAUCUCUAUUUUGUAUUUAAGAACUUCAGAUAGCUAGUAUUUAUGUUUUUAUACAGUUGUGCAAUAUGAAUUAUGCAAAUCACACUAUACUUGUUCCUUACUCCUGUGUGUCCACAAGGGAGUGCACAUCUUUGAACCUGGUGUUGUCUUAUAUCAUUUACUAAACAGUAUCCAAUGACAGCUAAGUGAGGCUGCUGCCAAACUGUGUUCCUAGCGAGGUUUUGUUCUCCAGGGCAUUUUUAUAACAUAUGGCAUUCCAAGAUAUUGACAUGGUAAUGCUUCCUCUCCCCCAACCAACAUUCUCCUUGAUCUUUUUUACUAUUAUUUUAAAAGAAAAACAAGUUGAUUUAUUUUCCUUGCUUCCCACUUUAGAGCUGUUUCUUAGCUGACAAUUCCAUAAACCCUAGAAAGCUAUGGAAGAGACUCAAGCAUUCAUACAUGAAGAAAUCUUGAAGGGAAGAUUUGUUUUUUCUCUAUGAAAAAAUUAAGCUAAGAUUGUUCCACGUUGUUGGCAGAUCAAUAUAAUUUUCUAUAUUUCUUGUUUUCUUUCUUACUUUCGUUCUUUGUUUCUUCCUUCCUUUCUUUUUUUGUGUGCCAUAUUGAUUUAGAAGAACAUGGAAGGAUUUCCUGAAUGUACCACCUUUGUCUAUCCUCUAUACAGUUUGUUACUCUUACAAAUGUACUUUUCCUUCAGUCAUGCAAUGCACCAAUUGAAGUAUGAACUAUUCCUUUUAGGACUCAUAGUUGAGCACUGAUUUUUGUAAUGACUUGCAAAAGAGCCACUAGUUCAUUAUGGUCACAUUUUUGUUGUUCCUGACGGUUGGAAAAAAAAAUCAGAUGUUGCCUAGUUUUGUACAUGGUCCUCAUUUUACAGAAGUAAAUUAUCUGCUUAAAGAAAAAGCAGAGAAAAGAAAUAUGCUUAUUAUAAAGUUUGUAAAUGCAUAAAUAUAGAUAUUUAAAUAAAUGAUAAAAUUAUAAGGUA